GCGUGCUCCCGUUGGAACGAUGACGCCGCCCCGGUGAAUGCUGGGAUAGCAGGCACUGGAGGUCAGAGAAACUCCAAAAUGUCGGUUGCUAGCUUCACGUCCUUGAGCCGCUGUGGUGUUUUAGCAUUCCGCUCCCCCGCAGGACUGGUGGCGGUUCGGUGUGCCCAGACAGCAGCGGCUCCAGCAGCGCAGCCCAGAAUAAAGAAGUUCCAGGUGUACAGAUGGGACCCAGACACCCCAGGAGACAAACCCCGCAUGCAGACCUACGACAUCGACCUCAACACCUGUGGCCCAAUGGUACUCGAUGCGCUGAUCAAGAUAAAAAAUGAGAUUGACUCCACUCUGACCUUCCGCCGCUCCUGCAGAGAAGGUAUUUGUGGAUCCUGUGCGAUGAACAUUAAUGGAGGAAACACUCUUGCGUGUCUGAACAAGAUUGACACCAACACCAGCAAACCAACUAAGAUUUACCCUCUGCCACACAUGUAUGUGGUGAAGGACCUGGUACCUGACAUGAGUAACUUCUAUGCCCAGUACAAGUCUAUUGAGCCCUACCUGAAGAAAAAGGAUGAGUCAAGCGAAGGGAAGGAGCAGUACCUGCAGUCUGUGCAGGACCGACAGAAACUGGAUGGGCUGUAUGAAUGCAUCCUGUGUGCCUGCUGCAGUACGAGCUGCCCCAGCUACUGGUGGAACGGGGACAAAUACCUCGGGCCUGCUGUGCUGAUGCAGGCGUAUCGUUGGAUGAUUGACUCGCGAGACGAUUUCACAGAGGAGCGCCUCUCCAAGCUGCAGGAUCCUUUCUCCCUCUAUCGCUGCCACACUAUCAUGAACUGCACUAAGACCUGCCCCAAGGGGCUGAACCCCGGAAAAGCGAUAGCUGAGAUCAAGAAGAUGAUGGCUACGUACAAGGAGAAGAAGGCCGCUGCUGUGUGAAACCUCAUUUUUCCUCUUGUAUACCUUUUCCCUCCAUGAUUAAAUGAUUUAUUGAUUAAAACGUGCUUAUUGAGGUGUGAAGGCCCAGUACACCUGUCAGCUCCAUCACCACCACACUCUGCAGACUGUAUAAUCAACUGCAAUGGGAAAAGGUGUAUGUGUGUGUGUGGUUGGAGGACUUGGUGUUACACAAACGCACAUGUACAGUAUGAAUGCAGGGGAGUUAGUGAGUGUCUUGAGUCUUACAUGUAUUGUAACAGACGUAUUUAUAUCCAGCUCUUCUGCGUGUACUUCUGUGCACUUGGGAGACAUGAUGCUACAUAUUAAAGUAAAAAAGAAGGCGUUCCCUUGCGUGUGUUAACGUUUUUAUAGCUUUUUGCUUUUCAGGUUAGCGGCAGCCUCACAGGCACGCGUUAUAUGUUCCCUCAGAUCUUACAGCACAUCAACAAUAGCAGUCUUUGUUUUGAUGAAAAAUAAAUAGUUGAAAUGUC